AGACAUUCCCUCGCGCGAGCGGCCAGCUGAGAACCCCCUCGUGCCUGGGAGCUGAGCCAGGACUUGAGAGGAGCCGGAGGACGCGAAGGCAUCUCAAACACAGCCCGAAGAAAGCAUGCAGAGACCUGGGGUCCCGCUCAUGCUGUUUUGGCUUCUUUGGGCCCACACCUUUGCUUUCGGUGGAAAAGUUAACAAGCACAAGCCAUGGAUCGAGACCUCCUACCAUGGAAUGAUAACAGAAAACAUGGACACAGUUCUGCUGGACCCUCCAUUGGUGGCUCUAGACAAGGAUGCUCCGGUCCCUUAUGCUGGGGAGAUUUGUGCCUUUAAGAUCUUUGGUCAAGACGCCCCCUUUGAGGCUGUGGUGCUGAAUCGGACUUCAGGAGAAGGAGUACUGAGAGCCAGUAGCCAUGUGGACUGUGAGAGCCAGAAAGAGUACACCUUUAUUAUCCAGGCUUAUGACUGUGGGGCCGGGCCCAGCGGAGCAGACUGGAAAAAAUCUCACAAGGCUGUGGUUCACAUCCAGGUGAAUGACGUCAACGAGUUCAGCCCCGUGUUUAGAGAGUCACUGUAUAAGGCAUCAGUAACUGAAGGCAAGAUCUAUGACAGCAUUUUACAGGUGGAAGCUUGGGACCAGGACUGUUCACCACAAUACAGUCAGAUUUGCAACUAUGAAAUUGUCACUGCAGGAACACCUUUCGCCAUUGACCGUAAUGGUAACAUCAGAAACACAGAGCGGCUGAGUUAUGACAAACAGCAGAGCUAUAAGAUUAUGGUUUCUGCCUUUGACUGCGGCCAGAAGAAAACCAAAGAGGACGUGGCAGUUCAUAUUGAAGUCAAGCCUGUCUGCAAACCUGGAUGGCAAGGCUGGAACAAGAGAGUGGACUAUGAGCCAGGGACUGGCAGCAAGCAGCUGUUUCCCAAGAUGCAUUUGGAAACAUGUGGGGGUCCCUUGUCUGGUGUAAAGGUGAUGGUGGAGCUGCAGACAAAUCACAUCGGAAAGGGCUGCGACCGUGAGACUUACUCUGAAAAGUCUUUGCAGAAACUCUGCGGUGCGGCGUCAGGCAGCACCGACCUCCUCCCUGCUCCCAGCCCAUCCACAAACUGGACAGCGUCUCUGCUCACUGACAGUGGACGAGACAGCGACCUCAUCUACAGAUUUGAUGGGCGACAAGCUACAAAUGUUCCAGAUCACGUCGUGCCGCAAAACCUGACAGACCAGUUUACCAUAGCAACCUGGAUGAAACACGGGCCGAGUCCUGGCCUUCGAGUCGAGAAGGAGACCAUACUGUGCAACUCUGACAAGACAGAGAUGAACCGCCACCAUUACGCUCUGUACGUUCACAACUGCCGCCUGGUGUUCCUGCUCAGACGAGAUUUCACCCAGAUCGACACUUUCAGACCUGCUGAGUUCCACUGGAAACUAGAACAGAUUUGUGACAAGGAGUGGCACUACUACGUGAUCAACGUGGAGUUCCCUGCAGUGACUCUCUUUGUGGACGGCGUGACCUAUGAGCCCUACCUGGUGACAGAUGACUGGCCCAUCCAUUCCUCCAAGAUUGAUACACAGCUGACGGUGGGCGCCUGCUGGCAAGGCGGAGUGGUAGCGACCUCGAGGUUCACGCAGUAUUUUCACGGCAGCCUUUCAGGUUUGACAAUCCGACCGGGCCGCAUUGAAACCCAGAAGGUUAUCUCCUGCUUGCAGGCCUGCAAGGAAGGCCUUGAUAUUAACUCCCUUGAAAGCCUGGCAAAGGACAUAAAGUUUCACUUUAACCCAGCUCAGUCUGUGCUGGUUGUGGAGGGGGAAGACGUAGACAGCAUCAACACAGCCGUGACAAAAGUCUCCUACAUCAACUCUCGUCAGUUCCCCACACCGGGCCUCAGACGGCUGCACAUCACCGCUGCUGUACAGUGUUUCGGGGAGGAAACGUGUCUCUCCAUCCCGGACAUCAGAGCAGUGGUCGUGGUGCUGGCGCCCAGUGAACCCAGAAUUACCAUCACAGGAUCGAAGCAGCACGUCAGGCCAGCCAGCGACCUCCGCAGCCCGCUGGGUGUGGCUCCCUUCAAGGAGCUCCGAAUCACCAGCACAGUCAUCAAGGGAGACGCAUUCGGCAGACCCCACAGGCCCGGUGUGAUGGAGGUGAUGCACAACCUGGACUACUGUGAUGUUCUGGUGAUCGGGGAUGAGCUGAAUCCUGAAAGAGAAAGUCUAGAGAUCCAUCACAGCGCUCUGCUGGGAAAACAUCUUGAUGCCACCAACUCCACAUCUGGAAUAUCAAUAUACGGUGUGGACUCCAUGGCCCAUUAUGAGCAGGCACUGAGGCAGCUGCGCUACAGGAACUGGAGGCCUGCCACGCUGACUGAGAGGAGCUUCAGACUCACCUGCUCUGAACUCAACGGGCGAUACACCAGCAACGAGUUCAAUAUGGAGGUCAGUGUCCUUCACCACACGGCGCCUGUGGAGCAUGUCAAUCACAUGGCGGCCCCGCCCCCGUACAUGAGACCUGUCCAUCACCCACUCAUGAUCCACACGCUUAACUCACACAUGUCAGGGGGAGCGCCUCCUGCAGCCACGGUGGUCAUUGUGGUCUGCAUCGCGGCCCUGGUGGUGAUCGUGGUGAUCGGCAUCUACAGGAUCCACGCCACACAUCAAGAAGGUUCCAGAGACGACGAGGACGAUAUGAAAGAGCCUGAGAUGGACUGGGAGAGCUCUGCACUCAACAUCACCGUCAACCCCAUGGAGGACAUGAGAGGCCCCCAGGCGCUGGGAAAAGCUGUGAGAGGAGAAGAAUGUGAGGAGGAGGAUGAAGAAGAAGACGUUGAGCUGGUGGGAGGCAUGACAACUGCUGAAUCAGAUAAGAGUGAUGAGGAGGGAGAGGAGGAGGAAGAAGAAGAGGUUAAUAAGAAGAAGCAGGAGAAGCCUGAGUGGGACAGUUCAUGUACAACAUACUGAACACACACACGCACACAAACACACAAAACACUUUCUCUCAUUCUGUCUCCUUCAAACACAGACAAAUUAUGCAGACAUUAAUACAUGCUCAGUGCAGCUACAGAACACACACACACACACACACACACACAC